UAUAUAUAUAUAUAUUUAUAUAUAUUAUAUCCUUCCAGAGCAAAAGUCCUCAAGUCAAAUGACCUGCUGCUGAUCAUGACUGAUUCAUCGCUUACUUUCUUAUUCAAAUAAGCUGCAGAGAUAAGUUUUAUUUUAAUGCAACCUUGAAUAACUGCCAUUGAUCUUAAUUAGUAAAAUAAUAGCAGAAAACAAGCACUUAACCAGGCCAAGUUCUGCCAUAGAUGAUGGAGCAUCUAAAAAUGAAACUUCAAAAACUGGAAAGCUUGUAAAUUAAUAUAAAUCAGUCUCAUAAUUCGGCUGAAUUAAUGUUCAUUCAAUAAUAUUAUUAUCUCUCAAUUAUUCAGUCAACUUUUUUCUUCUGUCUCACAGUGCUUACUGCACCUGCAAAUUAGGUGUGGGCUUGGUACUUUUAUUGGCUAAUUCUAGUACAAUCUUCUAAGAUCAAGUUUUAUCUUCAAAGCAGAUUUAUUUGACUUUACAUACACUUUGUUGGCCCCAAUUUUUGUGAAUCAAAUCUUACUAUAUCAACAGUGUGAGGGUUGUUCUUUAUAACAACUUGCAAAACACUAGAGAGAGAAAUGAAACAGGUGUAGAGAGAAUGAGAAACAUUGUGGGGGACCAGUACCUGAAGUUUUACAUGCAAGGAUCAUGCAUGAAAGUCAAUACCAGAAAUUUUUAAAGGUUUAUAAGAAAAUCAGUUUCACCAUGUGGCUUGGCAUUCAUUUGAUGAACUUGGCCGGGAUCGAUGCAUGCAUAAGAGUCCAACUUUCUCCCUUCUUAACAUGUCUUGUUAGAUAAGAUACUGCUACCCAUUGAAGCACAGCACGUAUGGCUUUUAGAGAGGCACUUGUUGGCUUGAAUCCCAGAGAUAUGGAGAUUGAUUCAGGAGAAAAGAGGCUGAACGAGCUUGGUUACAAGCAGGAACUCAGAAGAGAAAUGAGUUUAUUCAAGACAUUUGCGAUAACAUUUUCGACCAUGGCACUUUUCUUUGGAACUCCACUAUACGGAUCUAGCCUACUAUAUGCAGGCCCUGCAAGCAUGAUAUGGGGUUAUGUUGUGGUCAUCUUCUUCACCUGGUUUGUAGGAUUUGCCAUGGCUGAGAUCUGCUCAUCUUUUCCAACUACUGGCUCCCUUUAUUUUUGGGCUGCACUCUUAGCUGGACCCCGGUGGGGGCCAUUUGCAUCCUGGUGCUGCGCUUGGCUAGAAACUGUCGGUCUUAUUUCUGGAAUCGGCGCAUCGGCCUACUCUGGGGCACAGGGAUUGCAGAUAAUAAUUCUUUUGUCCACUGGGACAAACAAGGGUGGAGGCUACUUGGCAACAAGGAGCGUAUUUUUGUCUAUGUAUAUAAUCCUUAUCUUAAUAUGGGCAGUUCUGAACUCCUUUGCAUUGCAAGUCAUUGCAUUCCUCAACAUGAUUUCUGUAUGGUGGCAGGUCAUUGGCGGAUUUGUUAUAAUAGUAGCUCUUCCCAUGAUAGCAAGCCCGACACAAUCAGCAUCAUACGUUUUUACUCAUUUCGAAACAUCUCCAGAGGCAACUGGCAUACAUAGUAAACCUUAUGCAGUAAUAAUGUCAGUACUUCUAAGCCAAGUCUGUUUGGUUGGCUACGACACUGCGGCUCAUCUCACUGAGGAAACCAAAGGUGCUGACAGAACUGGUCCCUUGGCCAUUCUUUUUAGCAUAGGAAUCAUUUCAGCAUUUGGAUGGGCAUAUAUCUUAGCCCUUACAUUUAGCAUCCAGGAUCCUGCAUAUUUAUAUGAUCCAAACAACGAAACAGCAGGUGCAUUCGUUCCUGCACAGAUAAUUUAUGAUGCAUUUUAUGGAAGGUAUCACAGCGGUACUGGAGCCAUAAUUUUUCUCUCUAUCAUUUGGGGAACCUUCUUCUUUGCAGGGCUCUCAGUCACAGCUAGUGCUGCUAGAGUAGUCUAUGCACUAUCCAGGGAUGGAGGAUUUCCAUUUUCAAAAGUCUGGAGAAAAAUACAUCCAAAACAGAAAGUUCCAAUAAAUGCAGUGUGGUUGUGCACAGUCAUUUCCAUUAUCAUAGGACUUCCCAUCUUGAAAUCCAAUGUAGUUUACACUGCUGUCAUUUCCAUUGGUACAAUUGGAUGGGUGGGAAGCUAUGCUGUCCCAAUUUUUGCAAGGCUGGUCAUGGAUGAGAAGGAUUUUAGACCAGGUCCCUUCUAUUUGGGAAGAGCGAGCAAGCCAAUUUGCUUGAUAGCUUUCUUAUACAUAUCCUAUACUUGUUCAGUCUUUCUGUUGCCAACUCUUUACCCUCUGCAGUGGGAUACUUUCAACUAUGCACCUAUAGCUAUGGCUGUAUCAUUGACACUGAUAAUGCUUUGGUGGGUGUUGGAUGCAAGGAAAUGGUUCAAGGGACCAGUGAAGAAUAUUGAAUUCCAGAAUGGAGCCAUUUAAAACUGUCCUACCAUUCAAAGGGGACAAAGUUUCAUAUAAAAUAGAGAGAGAAAAGAAAGUAAAGGUUGUAAUAUGUAGUAGAUGUGAUGUACUUCAUUGUCUUAAAAUGAUCUUUUCUAUGUCUGCUUUAUGCAAACUGGAUGAAUAGAUUGGCAUUGCAUCUACACUUUGUAAUAUUAUUGGAUCUGUGUUCUCCUAUUUUCAAUGGAGAUGUCACGAUCAAGUUUAUAUUUCCCCGGUUUUUCUCUC